UAGAAAAUGCCAUCGGAAACUGUUCAUCUUGGGUGGACCGUACCUCUGCAGUUCUAUCAUUAGUAAAAUAAUCACUUAGAAAAAUAUCGUGAACAGUCGCAGCAAUCUCCUCCUCUACUCUCCUUCCACCGCCGCCGCCGAUGGCCGACCCCGCCGCCCCCGCCGCCGCCGCCCGCCCCACCAAGAUCAUCGCCGGGGCCGACCCUUUUGGCGCUCCGCUCAAGGACGCCCUCGUCACCCACCUCCGCGAGGCCCUGCACAUCGAGGUCGAGGACCUCGGCACGGGCCCCUACUACUCCAUAGCCGCCGACGUCGGCCGCCGCAUCUCCUCCUCCGGGGGACCCGAGACCCGCGGCCUCGUCGCCUGCGGCACCGGCUGCGGCGUCUCCAUGUUCGCCAACAAGUUCCCCGGCGCCUUCGCGGCGACCUGCCUCUCCGUGGCCGACGCCGUCAACGCCCGCUCCAUCAACAACUCCAACAUCCUCGCCGUCUCCGCCGUCUCCACGCCUCCCGAGCCCGCCGUGGAGAUCCUCCGCGCCUGGCUGGACACCCCCUUCAAGUCCCCCUGCCCCGCCAACGGCGACCGCCCCUGGAGCGACGACAUCCAGGAGUUCCUCGACCGGGCCCUCGUCGAGACGCCCAAGAUCGGCGCGCUGGCCUCGGAGCCCGACGAAUCCGCCUCCUGCGCGAUCUGUUGCCUGGUGAAGCGCCGGGAGCUGAACCCCAUCGACAUGAUCCCGGGGGGGUCGAUGAAGAUACUCCGGGAGACCCCGACGUCGGCGAUCGUGAGGUUCAAGGCCGGGAGCGUCGAGCCCGCGCACCACCACACGUUCGGGCACGAUCUGGUGGUGCUGCAAGGGAAGAAGAGCGUGUGGAACUUGACCAAGAAGGAGAGGUACGACCUGGUGGUCGGUGACUACCUGUUCACCCCGGCCGGGGACGUGCACAGGGUGCAGUAUCACGAGGAGACGGAGUUCUUCAUCAAGUGGGAUGGCCACUGGGACAUGUUCUUCGACGAGGAUCUCGAGACUGCCAAGAAGGCCAUCGCUGAGGAAUCAUCGUCGCCGUCGUUACCUUGAUUUGUAUGUUUCUCUGUUCUUGCUGAUACCCAUUACCCACGAAAGAGAGUCUGCCAUGGGAGUUCUUGCUGUGUGUAGUUUAUGCGAUAUGUCAAGAGAAGGGUGAUGUGAUCUUGUGGAGUAGAGAAUGUCUGAAGCAUAUCUGUAAUUAGCUGAAGUUUGGUGUUGCAGAGUAUGUAAAUGCAUGGAGCAGAGACUUUUUCAGCUGAUAUGUUUCCAUGAGUGGUUGAGUCUUGAGUGAUGGUUUUCUCUGUUAUCGGUUUAGACCGGAAGAAGCAGACUGUUUUUGUAUGAAAUAGGCUCACCACAUUGACUUGAAUUCCACAUUUCACCAUGAAUAAUGUGAAUAUUAUCUUGUUUUGGGCAAAUACAUAUGUAUUUGCAAUCACAAC